AUGGCUGCGCUGCCCAAGCUCUUCGCCGAGGAGCAGCUCCCGGCCGGCGUGGUCUCCCAGUCCACCUCCUCCUUGGUGGACACCACCGUUUCCAGCGCCUCGCGCCAGCUGAUGAAGAAGAAGCUGAAGAUGCUCAACAUCGCGAAGAAGUUCCUGCGCAUCCCGAAGGAGCUGCCCACGCUGCAGCUGAAGGAGCCGCCGCCCUCGGUGCUGGAGGCCGACCUGACCGAGUUCGACGUGGCCAAUUCCCAUCUCCCCUCCGAAGUCCUCUACAUGCUGAAAAACGUCCGGGUCCUGGGCCACUUCGAGAAGCCGCUGUUCCUGGAGCUUUGCAAGCACAUGGUUUUCCAGCAGUGCCCACAAGGCGACUACGUUUUCCGCCCCGGCCAGCCGGAUACCAGCAUCUACGUGCUGCAGGAUGGCAAGCUGGAGCUCUUCCUGACUGAACCGGAUGGGAAGGAGACGGUGAUGAAGGAGGUGUUCCCAGGGGACAGCGUGCACAGUCUGCUCAGCGUCCUCGAUGUCAUCACGUCCAUCUCGCACGAGCCCAAGGAGCGCAAGUCGGUGACGGUGGAGGAGCAACCUUCUGGUGUCUACCAUUACAACUACUGCGAGGAUGAUUUGGUGGUGGAGGACUGUCCCUUCGCGCCCUACCAGGGCCGCCAAAGCAGCGCCAUCUUCGAGGCUGCCAAGCGGGAGCUGGUCAAGCUGAUGAAGGUGGAGGACCCUUCUCUCCUCAACAACCGCGUCUUGCUCCAUCAUGCCAAAGCUGGGACAGUUAUUGCUCGUCAAGGGGACCAGGACGUGAGCCUCCACUUCGUGCUGUGGGGCUGCCUACACGUGUACCAGCGGAUGAUCGACAAGGCGGAGGACGUCUGCCUCUUCUUGACACAGCCCGGCGAGAUGGUGGGACAGCUGGCCGUGCUCACCGGCGAGCCCCUCAUCUUCACCAUCAAAGCCAACCGUGACUGCACCUUCCUCAAGAUCUCCAAGUCGGACUUCUACGAGAUCAUGCGAGAGCAGCCCAGCGUGGUGCUGAGCGUCGCCCACACCGUGGCUGCCCGUAUGUCACCUUUCGUGCGCCAGAUGGACUUCGCCAUUGACUGGAUGGCGGUGGAAGCCGGCCGGGCGCUCUACAGGCAGGGUGACAAGUCGGACUGCACCUACAUCGCGCUCAAUGGGCGUCUCCGCUCCGUCAUCCAGAAGGGCAGCGGCAAGAAGGAGCUUAUCGGGGAGUACGGCCGCGGGGACCUCAUCGGCGUGGUGGAAGCCCUCACCCGGCAGCCCCGUGCCACCACAGUCCACGCGGUCCGGGACACGGAGCUGGCCAAGCUGCCUGAGGGCACCUUGAACAAUAUCAAGCGCAGAUACCCCCAGGUUGUCACUCGCCUCAUCCACCUCCUGAGCCAGAAGAUCUUGGGAAAUCUUCAGCAGCUCCGUGGCCCCUUUGCAAGUUCCGGCUUGGGCAUGGCCUCCAGCUCAGAGCUCACCAACCCCACCAGCAACCUGUCAACGGUGGCAGUGCUGCCGGUGUGUGACGACGUGCCCACAGCUGCCUUCACACUGGAGCUCAAGCACGCGCUCAACGCCAUCGGUCCCACGCUGCUCCUCACCAGCGACAUCAUCCGUGCCCGUCUCGGCUCCUCGGCACUGGACAGCAUCCAGGAGUACCGCCUGUCGGGCUGGCUGGCGCAGCAAGAGGACAUCCACCGCAUCGUCCUGUACCAAACCGACUGUACCCUGACGCCGUGGACCGUGCGCUGCAUCCGCCAAGCCGACUGCAUCCUCAUCGUAGGGUUGGGCGAUCAAGAACCGGCGCUGGGAGAGCUGGAGCAGAUGCUGGAGAACACGGCGGUGCGUGCGCUGAAGCAGUUGGUCCUCCUACACCGCGAGGAUGGUCCCAGCCCUUCCCGCACCGUUGAGUGGCUCAACAUGCGCAGCUGGUGCUCGGGUCACCUCCACAUCAAGUGUCCCCGACGCGUCUUCUCCCGCCGUAGCCCCACCAAACUGCGGGAGAUGUACGAGAAGGUGUUCGAGAAGAGCGCCGACCGGCACAGCGACUUCUCCCGGUUGGCACGGGUCCUCACCGGCAACACCAUCGCCCUUGUCCUGGGGGGUGGUGGAGCCAGGGGUUGCUCCCACAUCGGGGUGAUCAAGGCGAUGGAGGAGUCGGGGAUCCCUAUCGACAUGGUGGGUGGCACCUCCCUUGGGGCCUUCAACGGCGCCCUCUACGCCGCGGGGCACGUCCCGCGCCCCACCCGCAUCAAACCCUGACCAUCGCUGUUUCGGGAGGACGCUGGCACGUGCAUGAAUUCAGUGUUUGAGACUGUUCUGGACCUCACCUACCCCAUCACCUCCAUGUUUUCGGGCUCAGCCUUCAAUGCCAGCAUCAACAAGGUUUUCCAGGACAAGCAGAUUGAGGACCUGUGGCUCCCCUACUUCAACGUCACGACCGACAUCACGGCCUCGGCCAUGCGGGUGCACACAGACGGCUCGCUCUGGCGGUACGUGCGAGCCAGCAUGACCCUUUCUGGGUACCUACCGCCACUCUGCGACCCCAAGGACGGCAACUUACUGAUGGACGGUGGUUACAUCAACAACCUGCCAGCCGACAUCGCCCGCAACAUGGGUGCCAAGACGGUGAUCGCCAUUGAUGUGGGCAGCCAGGACGAGACGGACCUGUGCAACUAUGGGGACAGCCUGUCUGGCUGGUGGCUCCUCUGGAAACGUCUCAACCCCUGGGCUGAAAAAGUCAAGGUGCCCGACAUGGCGGAGAUCCAGUCCCGCCUGGCCUACGUGUCAUGCGUGCGGCAGCUGGAGGUGGUGAAGUCCAGCUCAUACUGUGAGUACAUCCGGCCCCCCAUCGACCGCUUCAAGACCAUGGAUUUUGGCAAGUUCGACGAGAUCUACGACGUGGGGUACCAGCAUGGCAAGGUGGUCUUCGAUGGCUGGAGCCGGGGUGACAUCAUUGAGAAGAUGGUGAAGGACCGGCGCUCGGCCGACUUCUACGAGAGCAAACGCAUGGACGUGCUGACGUGCCCCAACGCCAGCUUCACCGACCUGGCGGAGAUCGUGUCCCGCAUCGAGCCCGCCAAGCCCUACUUGUCCGACGGAUACGCCGACGGCUUUAUCAGCGGGGCCACCCGCCGGCGACAGCUCCGUGACACCGCAGGGACGAUGUACGGCAACGUCGAGUCCAGCCAAGCUGGGCUGGGGCCCGGCAGCAGGGAAGCUGCAGCCCUGACGGAGGCGCUGGAGGCCGAGAAGGCGAAGGUGAUGCUGAACACGGCGUCCCAGUCCUUCCUGUUGUACAACGAAGACCACCGCAAGUGCGUAGAGGCCAAGGGGCAACACCUGACGGCGACGGCGUGCCGGCCCGACGCCGCGGCGCAGCGGUUCCAGUGGUUACACGGAGGUUGUCCCCCUUGCUCCAAAGGCUGGAUCUAUUUCGGGAACUCCUGUUAUUUCUACUCCAAGACAGCAAGUCCCUGGGAGGGCGCCCAGAGUUUCUGCUCGACCCUGGGCACGCAGCUCCUCGAGGUGGACAGCCCGGAGGAGAAGGAUCACGUCCGGACCAUGCUGCAAAGCUCCUCCUGGCUCGGCAUCAGGGAUGAGGAGGUCGAGGGUACCUGGAAGCGAGCGAACGGGACCAUCGUACCCUGGGAAAGCAGCUCGUGGCACAGGAACGAGCCCAACGGCGGGCACCAGGAGAACUGCGCGGUGGUGAGGCAGGACGGCGAGUGGUACGACUACCCCUGCACGAGUGAACUCCCUUGGGUGUGCGAGGGACACCCCUAA